CAGAGGGCACACACACACACACAUAUACAUACUCUCUCUCUCACACACACACACUCACAGCUGUUGAUAGCUCUCUCUCUGUGAUAACCGCCGAGCAGCAGAGCCCGCAGGAAUCUGAGAGAAUCUGCUCCUCUGAGCAGCAUCUUCAUGGGAAACCUGGACGGGCAAGUGGAGGGACCGGUUUUCUUGAUUGCAGCCUGACUCUCACUUUCUGUCGUUUGAACCGUGCUACUCUCCCACACUCCUCUUCCCCUCUUCUCCUCUCUGGGACUCUGUGUUGGAAUUUGAGCGCAGGCGGAGAGCAGCAGAGAAAAAUAGAGACAUGUGUUUUACCUCGGCUGCCUACUGCUGCUGCCCGCUCUCUCUCAUUCACUGACGAGGAGGGGACAUAAAGGUGAGACUCCAAGUGGCAGCCAUAGAGCGAGCAAGUGAAGCGAAGCAGGCAUGAGUGUGGACAGCCAUCAAGGGGUGGUGACAACCCCUCCUCCGCCCACUGGAGGGACUAAGGAGCGCUACUUCGACCGGAUCGACGUCAACGAUCCCGAGUACAUCAGGGCCAGGAACAUGUCGCCGGACCUCCGACAGGACUUCAACGUUUUGGAGCAGAAGAAACGUGUCACACAGAUCCUACAGAGCCCGGCUUUCAAAGAAGAGCUGGAGAGUCUGAUCCAGGAGCAGCAGAGGAAGGGCAACAACCCCACCGGCCUGCUGGCCCUCAGACAGAUCGCUGACUUCUUCAUGGCCAGCUCUGUGGCCGGCUUCAACACCUCCCCCAUCAGCAUGGGGAUGGUCACUCCCAUCAACGACAUGUACGGGGUGGAAUCCAGUACGAUGGUGAAAGGCGAGAAGCUGAUCCGCUGCAAACUGGCCAGCCUCUACAGACUGGUGGACCUCUUCAGCUGGGCCCACUUUGCCAACUCAUACAUCACGGCUCGAGUCAGUAAAGAGCAGGAUCACAUCCUCAUCAUCCCCAGAGGACUGUCGUUCGCUGAGGCGUCUGCAUCAAACUUGGUGAAAGUUAACAUCAUCGGGGAUGUGAUCGAUCAGGGCUCCACCAACCUGCGGGUGGACCCGGCCGGUUUCAGCCCCCACGCCGCCAUCUACUCGAUGCGUCCAGACAUCCGCUGCAUCAUCCACGUGCACACUCCUGCUACUGCUGCUGUGUCGUCCAUGAAGUGUGGCAUCCUGCCCAUUUCCCAAGAGGCUCUGAUCCUUGGUGACAUCGCCUACUACAACUACCAGGGCAGCCUGGACGACCAGGAGGAGCGCAAAGAGCUACAGAAGGCCCUGGGACCAACGACAAAGGUGCUGGUGCUGAGGAAUCACGGAGUGGUUGCUCUGGGGGAAACCGUUGAAGAGGCCUUUCACUACAUCUACAACGCCCACUAUGCCUGCGAAAUACAGGUAAAUGCAAUCUCAUGUGCUGGUGGAGUGGACAACCUGAUAGUGCUGGACCAGGAGAAGUACAAAUCAAGAGUGCACGCCGUGUCCGCAGCCGCGGCUGUCAACAUGGCCGGCCAGUAUAAGUGGAAGAUCGGCGAGCUGGAGUUUGAGUCUCUGAUGAGGAUGCUGGAUAACCUGGGCUACAGGACGGGUUACGCCUACAGACACCCCAUCAUCCGAGAGAAGCCGAGGCACAAGAGUGACGUGGAGAUCCCCGCCACGGUCACGGCGUUUAUGUUCGAGGAGGACGGGGAGGCCACGCGGCUGCCCUUCAAGUUCCUGCAGCAGCGGCAGCAGAGGGAGAAGACACGCUGGCUCAACUCGCCCAACAGCUACACCAAGGUCAGCGUGGAGGGCGGAGAGGAGCGCUACAACAGCCGGACAACCACGUGGAUGAAAGCCGAAGAGACGGGAACCCCAAUCCGAAUCGAGGACCCGAAUCAGUUCGUCCCUCUCAACACAGACCCCAGUGAGGUGCUGCUGAAGAGGAAUAAAAUCAGAGAGCAGAACCGGUUUGAUGUGACGACAUCAGGACCCCGCUCUCAGCACCUCGCGGGAAUCCCGGUCGACGCUCCUCGACGGCCAUACGUGCCCACAGAGGACGAGCAGAUGGCUCCCCUGCCUCCCAACCCCUUCAGUGAGCUGUCAAAGAGGGACGGGGAGGACUACCACAAGAACAUGGAGAGAAGGCAACUGGGCCUCAGCGAUGGAGAGCACGAGCUAACCUCCGACGACGGCUCCACUCUCUCUCAGUGUGUGUCUCUCACCCAGUCCCCGCAAAGCACUCCAGCUAAAGAAGAGAACCACACGGGCCUGAUGAACGGCAAAGAUAACCACGAUGUGGACGAGGAGCUGUCCAAGCGUGUCAGCGCGCUGACCACCAGCGUGGAGAGCGUGGAGAUCACGGUGCGCCCCGGAGAGAAGAUCGAGGAGGCGCUGUCCCCCGAGAGCUCGCCCUCCAAGUCGCCCAACACCAAGAAGAAGAAGAAGUUCCGCACCCCGUCCUUCCUGAAGAAGAACAAAAAGAAGGAGAAGUUGGAGGCCUGAGAGCCGAAAAGUCGAAAGUCUGCAGAAGAAGAAGAAAGAGAAGGAGGGGCAGCAGCCACCUUUCUGUUUCAUGUCUGUGUUCUUUUUUCGUCUCUGUUUUUAAUGUCAGCAUUUUAUGUUUUUUUGUUUGUAAUUUUAUUUGAUUUUUUAACAAAAAGGUUUUAUUUGCAGAAGGCAAGAGAACAGAAUACAGAAACAAAGUGUCAGAGGACGAGAAUGUGGGAGAAAUUUCAGGAGGGGAUUGUGGGUCCAAAUUUUAAAGUGGCAGCAGAUGUAAGGUGACUUGUGUGGGUGUUGGGUGUCACACCCGAUCACACACUUUAUGCAUUUCUUUACCUGGGCUCCUCGGAAGCCGUGAAGUGUCAUUCGAGGCCGUUUAGAUCCUGAAUAACUGGCUCCUCCUGCUUUGAAAACAGAACUUGAAACCACCUCGAGUGUUUCUUGAUUGAAAUCCAAUUUUCAAUUGAGAGUUGAGUGCUGUGAAACUGCACGAGUUCGUACUAAACCUUUACUCUGUCAGAAGUCCCCAGGCUUUUUAGGGUUUCGUUUUUACACUCUGGUCACCUGACUCCGCCGAGGGAACUGAGAGGCCGCGUGAAAUCUGAAGUCACUGGAAAACUGGUCUGAGACAAACAGCCACAGGGUUUGUGUUGACUUAUUUACUGUGGAGGAGAGGAGUUCCUCUCUCUCGCUCUGGAAGCUUCUUUAGCGCAGGAAUCUGACACAGACCUCUCCAGCUGAGCGGGUGAACUGUGGAUGAGUUAAAGGGUCACCAGACUGGACAGUGAGGACGAGGGCCGGCGGUCUCUCAUUAAAAGUGAUCUCAGAGAGCCGCCGCGUCGCUCUGAGUAUUUAUGUAGCAUUUUUCUUCAUCUCAGCUUUUUUUUUUUUUUUUUUUGCCAAACGUUCUGAAAGAAAAGAAGAAACAAUCUCAUCUUAGUGAAGCGUCACUGUUUGUGUCGAGUUUUUCAUCUCAUGAAAUUAGAUCUUUUUUUAUGGAACACAGAUUUGGUAUUAGUCGAUUCUGUUUUGUACUCAUUUCUAAGCUUUUUCAGAGAAUACGGAUGUUACGCAUGUUUUCUCUUUUUGCAAGAACUGAAUUUAUACGGCUGACUGUUCUGUAGUGAUGCCUGAUUGCUCAAAUGAUAUUCUAAUCUUCAGAGUACACAAAUUUACUAUAUAACACAGAUAUAUGAAAACUGGAUAUGUUGGCUAUAGAUUUCUGACUAUAUAUUUUUUAUUUUAUUGUGCUGCACUUUUCUCGUGGUUAUAUGACACAUUUAAGUUGCAGGUGGUUUCACCGGUGAAGGAGAUUGUGAAGUAGUUUGGUAAAAAGAUGUGCAAGUAGUAAGAAAAAGGCAUGGUGUGGGAGAAAAGGUCAGGACCCAGAAAGUGAGUCAAAGGAAGGAAGAAUCGUCUUUCAUUGGUGUCACAUGUGACGAAUGAUCUCUGCAUCUCAACUUGACUAAUAAUGAUAAAUCAGGAAGUGUAGCGCCGACUUAAUGUGGAAUUAUCUGCCAGCUGAAAUGAGAAUCAUGGGUGGAGGAGUGUUGAGCGGUGGCAUCUUUCGUUUGAUGUGUUUGUGUGUUUUAAAGCCAUAUUGUAAUUUUUUUUCCUCCAUUGUUAUCAGACAAGGGUUUGUGAUUCUCGUCCGCCUUCUGGGCGUAACAGACCCACAUAAGACCUCUAAUAAACACCCCAGUGACUGCAUCCACUCCCCUCAGGCUCCCAAAACUCCACUCUUUGUUUUUUUCUAGCAGCUCUGCUUCCUCGCUGAUUUUUACUUUGUAAACUGGAACAUUAUUCAGAGCUCUAUACUUUAAUUCAAUCACUCGGUCGUCAUUUCAGCGUUCAGAGCCUCCCCUCACGUCAUCACUCUGGCACACAUAAUGGUGUUGUAGCCGUCAGAUGACCCACAGUUGAACUCUGUUAGGCCAAAGUGUGAUGGGUUGCCACACAUCCUCCCCCCUGUAGUUUAACCAGAUGUACCAAUAUCCCAGCGAGCAAUGUGAAGUAUUGGAUUAAGUGGGAGGGAGCGAGGGCGGGGGGAUGUUUUAGGGCAUAUCUUUAGCACUGUUAAACGGUAGCUUUUUGGCUCUGGGCGAAGAGCUGAGGUUCCAGAGACAUUGAGACGGGAGGUGUGAGUUUGAAAACGGAAGUGCAUAUGUGUGAGUAAAGAGCGGAGGGACAGCCUGACACUAACACACCAUGUUUUUAUCACUCAGAUACUUUCUUUCCAUCGCUCCGCCUGGAAACUUCUCUUUCUUCAUCCUCCAUUGCUAUGGCAGUAUGCUUUCCUCUUUUUUUUUUUUAGUUUGCAGAGAGCACUAGGCUUUUUUUUAAAGAGCAGUAAUUGCUCCCACAUGAACUGAAUGUGCAUUGCAUCCUUUUUAUUUUCUCCUCCUCUGUUUCCGACUGUUUGCACCUUGCUUUUACUAAUGCCUCUCUAUCCAUCUUUUAUUUUUCUGUUUUUAAAAUGAAAAAAAAAAAAAGAACGAGUUUCGCUUUGGCAUGCCAGAAUGAGCCAAGCUACUAUGUGACCUGUGAAAAUCCUAUAUAAAUGGUUAUCUAAUGGAGUUGCUUUUAGAUGUAUUGCUAAUCAGUGUAAAUUCACAAAUAAAAACUGUAUUUUAAGAAACA